CUCAAGUUCUCAUAAUUUGUAUGCGUCUCAAUCUGGAUGGGUUAGCACGGGGGUUCUGCAUCGGGUGUUAAUGUCGACGAAAAGAGCUUGACAUUGUGGUCUACUGGAGAUGGUAAUACACCCUUCAGAAUGAGAAGUGUUUUAAAACCUUUAUUCGCACUUGAUACAAGAAAACUAAAAACCUACAUUAGCAAGAGUCUUUCACUGCUCAAUGAACUCUCGGACGAAAGGUUAGCUACACACGGAACUCUCCUCCAUGGACAUUUUAUCAAAAUGGGCAUUUCGACACAGCAACAUAUUGCUGUUAAACUGCUUAUUAUGUAUUUAACUCUUCAAAAAUCCGAUGAAACGAAUGAAAUGCUGAAGGAAUUCAAUGGGUUUAACUUGGUUGCCACUAACUGUUUAAUUUCUGCAAACAUCAACUGUGGGAAGCCCGACGAAGCCCGUCGACUGUUUGAUGAAAUGCCCAAUAGAAAUGAAGUUUCUUGGACUGCUUUAAUUUCGGGCCUCUUAAGGUACGGGAGAGUUGAAGAGGCACUGUGCUACUUCAGGAGAAACCCAUUUCAAAAUGUCAUUUCUUGGACUGCGUUGAUCAGUGGACUUGUUCAGAAUGGACUGAAGAUUGAAGCUAUUAUGCUCCUCCCUAUGAUGCUGCAAUCUGGAGUCAUACCUAAUAAUGUUACUUUCACUUCUGUAAUUAGAGCAUGUGGAGAGUUAGAGGACUUUGAAUUGGGAAUGUGUCUGCUUGGUCUGGUUGUCAAGGUUGGUUUUGAGGACAACUUGGCAGUUUCUAAUGCUUUUAUUACGUUUUAUGUGCGGUUGAGUAGGGGUGAUUUGGCUAAAAGAACAUUCGAUAAGAUGGAGAAAAAAGAUGUUGUUUCUUGGACAGCAAUUCUUGACAUGUACGUUGAACAUGGGGACUUGAAGGAAGUUCGCGAAAUAUUUGAUGAAAUGCCCGAGAGGAAUGAAGUUUCUUGGAGUGCAAUGAUUUCAAGGUACAACCAUGGCGGUUAUGUUGAAGAGGCAGCAAAUCUCUUCCAUCAGAUGGUGAACAAAGAUGGGUUGAGGCCAAAUAUUUCAUGCUGUUCAGCUGUACUAAGUGCAUUGGGAGCCUUGAAAGCCGUGCAAGCUGGAAGAACUAUUCAUUCACUUAUUCUUAAACUAGGAUAUGAAAAGAACAAUUUCGUUGGCAGCUCACUGGUAGACUUAUAUUGCAAAUGUGGACAAACUGAGUUUGGAUUUCAAGCUUUUGACUCAAUCCUGGAAAAGAACACUGUUUGCUGGAACGCUAUGGUUUCUGGUUAUAGUUUAAAUGGACAAUCAAUAGAAGCUAGGAAGCUUUUUGAUCUAAUUCCCCAUAAAAACAAUGUCUCCUGGAAUUCUUUGAUGACUGGUUAUCUGGAAUGCGAAGAAUUUGGCAAGUUAUUUGAGAUAUUCAAUGAAAUGAUUUUUUCAGGAGAACAACCCAACAAGUCCACUUUCUCCAUCUUGUUAUCUGCAUGUGCUAACCAAGCUUCAUCAGAGAAAGGGAAGAACUUACAUUGUAAACUUCUAAAACUAGGUUUCCAGCAUGAUAUAUUUGUGGACACUGCGCUUUUGGAUAUGUAUGCAAAAUCAGGUAACAUUGAAAGCUCUAAGAAGAUCUUCAUAAACAUGCCUAAUAAGAACGUGAUUUCUUGGACGGCCAUGAUUCAAGGGCUUGCAGAAAAUGGAUUUGCAGAGGAAUCUCUUGAACUGUUUGAACAAUUAGAAGAUACUACACCCUUCUCACCUAACGAGUAUAUACUCUUAGCAGUUUUAUUUGCUUGCUCCCAUUGUGGUCUAGUAGAUAAAGGCAUAUAUUAUUUCAACUCAAUGCAAAAGGUUUAUAGUAUAAUCCCAAAUCAAAGACACUACACAUGUGUUGUGGAUAUGCUUUCUCGCUCAGGAUAUCUUACAGAAGCCGAAAAGUUUAUCUCAAUAAUGCCCUUUGAACCUGAGGCUAACAUGUGGGCAGCUCUGCUAAGCAGUUGCAAAACCUAUGGAAAUGAGAUUAUGGCAGAAAUAGUUCCGAACAGAUACCUCCUAGAAUCUGGGGGAUAUGUUCUGUUGUCAAAUGUCUAUGCUUCAGCAGGAAGAUGGACGGAUGUUCUGAAUACUAGAAAAUUAAUGCAAGAGAAAGGAGUGAAGAAAUGUGGGGGGUUUAGUUGGAUAGAGGUUAGAAGUGAACAGCAUGUAUUUUAUUCACUGGAUGGUUCUCAUGCGGAGUCAGCAGAGAUUUACAGUAUUCUAGAACUACUAAACUCUGAAAUGCAGAUCCUUACAAGAAUGCAUGAGAGGCCAUUCAACGACAAAUUUUUUGAAA